UCUGCACAUUAACUGACACACUAAACUGCUGAUAGGACAAGAAUAUGUCACAAUAGUGUGAAAAUUCGUUCCAUGAACAAAUAUUCUGUUUUUGCCAGGAUUUAAUUUUUGAUAUUAUGAGUGUAUAAAGAAAAUAUAUACUCAGUUUUGUCUAUUUUUAUACAGUGAAUUCUUUAAAUUUCACAAUUUGCUUGUAGUAAUGGUAGUAGCAGCAGCAGCAGCAGCAGUUCUUCUUUUUAAGUCAUGGCAAAAACUACGACAGUCCUGAAUCACGUGAAGUAUUCCCAACUGUGGAUACUGAACAGAAGGAAAGUUGCACAGAAAUUUUCUGCUGUGUCUGAGUAUGGCACCACAAGCAGAUGAUAUUUUGCAGUCAUCUUUGCCUGGUCUCUGGAAGUAUCCUACUUACAAGAAACAACCAGUCAAAUAUGCAGAAAUUUGGAUGGAGUGCAAGAAGAUUGAUGAUAAUACAGAUGGUCUCUGGCGAGUUCAUGAUGGAUUUUAUGACUUCACUGAGUGGGUAUACAAGCAUCCAGGAGGAUCUGAUUGGUUGUCAAUCACAAAGGGUUCAGACAUCACAGAGGCUUUUGAAGUUCACCAUGUAACAAAAACUGCAGAAUAUUUGCUCAAGCAGUUUUUUGUUCGUCCUGCAACAGAGCCACGUAACUCUCCUUAUACAUUCAUGGAUGAUGGCUUCUACCACACAUUGAAACGCAAGGCACAGCCCAUAUUGGCACAACUUCCUCCUGGACCUUCAGCACAAUCUAAGCUCUGCUCAGAUCUCCUGCUGGCUGCAUUCCUGUUACUUUCAACUGUUGCUAAUGCCACCUAUAAUUUCAAACUUGGAGUGCUGGCAGGAUUUAUCCUUAAUUUUCUAGUUGUCAGUGCCCACAAUUUCUUCCAUAUGAAAGAUAACUUUCGCAUGUAUUAUUUUGACCUCUCUUUUUUGACAUCAAGAGAGUGGCGCAUUAGUCAUGCACUGAGCCACCAUCUCUACACAAACUCAUUGCUCGACCUUGAACUUACCUUUUUUGAGCCACUAUUGCAGUGGGUGCCAUAUCGCACAAAAUCUCUGUGUGUUCGUUAUGGAUCAUGGCUCUACAGCUUUGCCUUGUACUUCAUCUUCUUCUACAUUUCUAUUGUUUCCAGGUUGUAUUUGACAGUUCAAGGCAAAUUAAAACCUUCACUGAGGAAAGAGGACUUGAUUCCAUUUAUCCCACUGUUUGUGAUGUAUGCAUACAGUGGUGCAACAUUUAUUAAUACUUUCAUCAUGUGGUGCUGGAUUGUGUUAAUUGCAAGCUUCUUUUUCUCCUUGAAUGGCUUCAAUGCAGCACACCAUCACCCAGAGAACUUCCAUGAUGGAGAUGCCCCAAGAGCUGAUUGUGACUGGGGUAUUUGUCAGGUAGAUGCUGUAAAGGACCGUACAGAGGUAAACAACUCCAAGUUCCUGGUUUUAGUGACAUUUGGUGAUCACUGCCUGCACCAUUUGUUCCCCACAAUAGAUCAUUGGCAUCUUCAUCAUUUGUAUCCUGUAUUUUAUGAGACCUGUAAGGAAUUUGGUAUCACUUAUAAGUCUGGAACUGUUCUUGACUUGUUGAAGGGCCAGUUUCUACAGCUGGCAAAGAACGAACCAAACCGAAAUCCACCUGGAAAAUAAUUAACUAAAUAAAACUUCUUGGAGAAAUUGUGACCAGGCAUUCAUGUCGGCCAAAUGAGAAAAAUUCUUAUUUAAGCCACUCAUUACCUGAAAAGUCUUAAUAUUUAUUCUAUAAACUGUUUACAUGAAAUUUCAAAUGUAUGUUGCAUGUUAUAUUACCACUGUAUGUUUCAAAUGUAAUUGGUCAUCUCCAAGUGAGUAUUCGCAUAUAUGAUGCUAUUUGUUUUGCUAUGACAGCAUGCUGUAAUAUAAGACAGCCAAUUGGAAGACAUUGGUUUAACAAAAAUGGAUGAAAUUAAUGUAUUUUGGGCACAACACUUUUUUGGGGGGGUUAUGGUAUAUGUCUACUGCGUUUUCCAUUUGCCUGAAACUACAUUAUUUUAUAUCUGCUUUGAUGCAAUUUUUCCUAAUAAUUAUGGUAAGAAGCUCUUGAAAAAUAGGUAUAGUGUCCUGCUUACUAAAAAAAAUUCAUUCCCUCUCCCUGAGUCUUGAAAAAUGUUAACUUCAUUUGCAUAUGUGCUAGGGGAUCCAUUUACCCACAAUCCAGUUGUAUUUAUCAGUGUUACCAUAAUAUCUAGCACUGAAAGAUAUAGAAAACACGUUUUUUAAGAAGCUCUCUUAAAUAAACGUCUUUUAUAAAAAUGA